AUGGCAUUCAAACGUUUCCUCGCCCUAGAAAGGCAAUUAGAUCAGAAUCCUCAAAUUAAGGAACAAUAUUCUGCAUUCUUCAAAGAAUACCAACAAUUAGGGCACAUGACAAUAGUUAGCUCUAAAUCGCUCGAUGGUUAUUUCGUACCGCACCAUGCAGUCACGAAAAUCGAGAGUCUCACCACCAAAAUUCGCGUGGUAAUUGACGCGUCCGCCAAAACUUCAUCAGGGAUAUCAUUAAAUGAUGCGUUAAUGGUAGGUCCCACGGUCCAAGAUGACCUUUUCACCCUGAUUUCCCGGUUUCAAACUCACCAAUACGUUCUCACAGCUGACAUCACAAAGAUGUAUCGGCAAAUCGAAUUAUCCUCGGAAGACCGGAAUUAUCACAAAAUCUUUUGGCGAGAACAUCGCAGUCAACCGCUUCAAACGUUCGUUCUCAACACCGUCACAUACAGUACCGCGUCCGCACCUUUCUUGGCCACUCGUAUCUUGCAACAACUCGCAAGAGACGAGGGAUUUAACCACUCGAUCGCAGCCGAAGUGUUGCAAAACGUCUUUUAUGUCGACGACUUGUUGACAGGGGCAUCCACUUUUAAAGAGGCCGAAUUUCUUCGCGACGAAAUCAUCCUACUCACCACGGACGGAGGUUUCCAGUUACGACAGUGGGUCUCCAAUGAUUCCCGAUUAAUCGAACCAUUAAAAAAUACAGAUGACGAACACAGGACACUUAAUCUCACUGAUAAAAAGAAAACGUUAGGAUUAUUUUGGCAACCACAAACCGACACAAUAGGAUACACAGUCAAAGAACACGAUAUACCUAGAAAAUUAACAAAACGUAACAUUCUGUUACGAAUUGUGCAACUAUUCGAUCCACUAGGACUAUUAUGCCCAAUCAUGGUAAGGGCUAAACUUGUCAUGCAGGAACUUUGGAAACUGCACCUCCAUUGGGACGAGUCAGUACCUUUCGACAUUCACUCAACAUGGACUGAAUUCCAAAUUCAGAUACCACUGAUUGAACGGUUCAUAGUUCCACGGGCAAUUAUAAGCAAACACGCGGCCUCAGUAGAUGUACACGGUUUUUCUGAUUCUAGCGAAAGGGCCUACGGAUCAUGCUUGUAUCUUCGGACCAUAGAUGUUCACGGCAAUUGUUCCAUUAGACUCAUAUGUUCUAAAUCUCGAGUUGCUCCAGUAAAGACGCAGUCUUUACCCCGUUUAGAAUUUUGUGCAUCUCUCUUGUUAGCAAACUUGUGUGAAUCCAUCACGCAAGCAAUAAAGAUCAAACUCUCUAACAUUACUUUCUGGACAGAUUCGAUGAUUACUCUGCAUUGGAUUCGAACACCUCCACAUACUCUUAAGCAAAUCGUUGCAAAUCGCGUAAGCAAGAUACAACAAAAUAGCAAUAUUGACCAAUGGCGUUACGUUCCAUCCGCUGACAAUCCAGCCGACAUUUUAUCUCGGGGUAUCAAUCCUGCUGAUUUCUUAAAAUCAAAAAUUUGGACCAAUGGCACACCCUAG